AGCAUGGCGAACUUGAAGCAUGCAGAAAGCAACUCAAAACAUGUGAACAUGUCCGGCGAAAUAUCCGCCACCUCUGCUGAAAUCCAGCCGGCCGAAGAGACCUCUGUACCGGGCAGGGUCGCGGGCGCGGUCCCGUGCGCGGUCCCGUCGUUCGCAGCCGCUUCCGAGCUGCUGUCAGCGCCGUACUCGUGUCUGGUCAUGAACGCGCACCGGAGACACAUCGCCCUGCCGCCCAUGUACCUGAACAAGAAGAGGACAGGUAUCCAGGAGGAGCUGGAGGCCGAGCUGCUCAAGUUCUCAGAGAGCCUAAAAGGAGUACCCCUGGCUUACAACGACAUCAGGAUAGUGGGCCAGCACGGAGCCAUCUACGACGACAGUGGCUACAUCCACAUGGACAUAGAGGCCAACUUUAUUGUCUUUCAGCCCAAAAAAGGACAGAAACUGCUGGGCAACGUGAAUAAACUAGGAGUAAGCCACGUGGGCUGCCUGGUACACGGGUGCUUCAACGCCAGCAUCCCCAAACCCAACCUGGUUUCCGUGGAAACCUGGCGGGAUGCAGGGCCCAGAAUCGGAACAGAGCUGGAGUUUGAGGUGACUGCACUUGACGCUGACACUGCGGGGGUGCUACUGAUCAGAGGACGGUUGGAUAGGACCAGGGUGCAGGAGCUGUUGGCUGUGGGUGAGAGCUCAGAGUCUGGCGUCCCUGCAGACCAGCCAGAACCACCAGAGACGGAACCGAACCCAGAGCCCACCGCAGAGUCUCCCGAGGACACCCCCAAGAAGAAGAAAAAGAGGAAAGACAAAGCGCAUGACGCAGAGAGAGAAGAGGAGGUGACAGAUACACCCUCCUGUCAGUUCGAUGGAAACAAAACAUCAGAUCUCAACGGGACAGUGAAUGAAGCCAAUGGCAGUGAGGCUGGUGAGAAAAAGAAGAAGAAAAAGAAAAAGGAUAAACAAGUGAAAGAGGAGGAGGAGGAGGAGGUUGAGCUCUCUGCCAUGGAGGUCCAAGGCAGUGACUCCAGCGGUUACCUCAGUGACAUGCCGAGCAAAAAGAGGAGACGUGAAACUGGGACAGAUCCUGAAACGCCAAAAUCCAAAAAGAAGAGGAAAAGUGACAUUGAGCAGUUUGCCUGAAAAAUGUUUCAUACCCCGUUUUCUGUUUUGAGAUCCUUCCAUUGUGUGUAAUAAUUGAGGUAAAAUACAACAUUAAUGACAACUGUGGUUCUGGAGGAAUAUCCAGAUGCACCUUAAUGAUUAAACACAAUUUUAGCAAGAGAGAUAUCUGUUGACUUCUUCUGAUGUAGCCUUAAAGCUUUGAACACAGGGUCCAACUCGCAGAAGGAGCCUGUCCACAGUCAUUUGUUGUGGCUUGUGGAACAGCACACAAGAGAAGAUGAGACAGGUCAGUCCUCAUUAGAUUGUAAUUGCCUUACACAGCCUGAUGGGGGAGCAAAACUGCUGCACACGUCUAAAUUCAGAGGAGUGAAACCUUGUCAACUUAAUCUGUGAAACACUUUGCUGAGAGUAAAUAGGGUGAGUUUUUGCAUCGGAUUGAUAGAACCAAAUCGGGAAAACAUAAAUGAAUGCUCUGUACUGACUGUACUUUAGUACUUUUUCUCCUGCUUGGACACCAAGCUGAAGACCAAGCUCCAUGUAAGAAACUUCUCUACUGCCUCAUGUGCCUCUUUGAAUGGGUUGUCCGUAAGGACAGCUGCAAUGCAAGAAAAAACUUUUUUACACCCAAAGAUCCAGUAAGCAUCCUAUAAAUAGAUCAUGCACAGCGACAAACUGUGCAGUCUGGAAUUAUCUGUGCUAUUUCACUGCCUUCCUUCAGUGUUGCAUUGACUGUUUUUACAUUAAGGUGGAGAGAAUAAACAUAAAGAGAUAUAUAUUUUGAAAAGUUAACCCUGCUUCCAUUUUUGAAAUACUAAAGGGGUCAACAGAAUUCACUGAUUUAGAAAUCUACAUCAUUUCUUUGACUGUAAGAAAAGCACGUCUUUGUAAUGAUUAUAAAGACAAAGAUUUCUUGUUUUUCAUGGCAAAUUCCCUCCCACAAAAAACCCUCUUUUAUGCUGACCAGUGGGUGUUAAGUGAUAAAGUGCUGAGAGACAGCCUAAA